CAACCGUGCGGCGUCAAAUCGCUCUGUGACCAGACUGAAAUUUCUUUGUCUCCCGUGUACGAGAGCGAGCCACUAUUGUAAGAGGACGACGACAGACGAUCGGUUUCUCGUUUCUGCAGGGUUGUCCCCGAUUUGGACGGCCAAUUUCCGACAGAAAGUGCCCAAAGUGACGUGCCAUCAAUUGAGCAACCGUUUUCCGCCCGGUCGGACCGUGUUACCGAUCGGUUCCGCGCAGUAAAUCGAACCCAAAUCAAUCGGGACGGAUCGGAAAAUCCGGGACUGUCGAAAACAACCACGGACAAUUUUCACUUGGAAGCAAACGAAAGAAGAGGAAAGAGGGGUGUGCAAAGGUGCGAAGCGGCAGGGCGCUCGCUCCUGGUUAGUGGUGUGUGUUUUGUGUGUGGAACCCCUUUUGCGUACGUGCAAAGGCAGAAGGCCCUGUGAGACGGAUAUAUACAACAACAAGAGUGCCAGUGUUGCCCGCCGCUGCUGGCGGUCCAUCAUCCCUGAACGAAGCAGGCGACGACGACGCCCGUCAAAGUGCGCGAGUGUAUUGGUUAUAGCACUCGUGCGGCGAUUGCCACUGUAGAGGUGUGACGUGCGUUUCGAUUCGCCGCGCUGCUUAUGUUGGCAGUAUUGUGUGUUUUCAUCGAGCGCUGUGCCGAUGUGAGUGCGCCAAGAGAAGAGUGUCCACCGUCAGGAGAAAACUCUUGAUCCAACCAACGGAUUGGAACGAUCGAAUAGAAAAAAAAAAAUGUUCAAGCAGGAAAUUUUCCAUGCACUCGAAAUGUCAUAUCGAGGAAAACUGAACCAGUGAAAUUGAGUAAUAAUCAAUCAGCGAGCGAAAACUGCAGUCGAAAAGAUCGCCCAACAAGUUUGCGAACAGUGGACAAGCAGGAACGAGCGAUUAGAGAGUGUUAAUAACCUUUUGAUGUGCAAGCUUUGUGCCCCUCGUUCGCUGCCCCCUUCGGCGCGACCCCUCGUGUGUCACCGAAGGCUCAUGCACGGCUUACUAGAUGGUCGUCAUUGAAGCAGAACGUAAGACGUGAAUGGUCUGUAAGGGGAUAGUUUCUUCGCGGAGCCAUGGUCGUGAUGUGAAGCAGUGUGACCAGCAGUUUCAGUGACAGUGACAGUGGUGAAGCUGGUGAAUGGUUUUUCGACGAUUUGUGAGUGAAUUCACGGUUCCGGGGGUAGAUUACGGAUUGCUGCUGCAUCCAAGGAAAAACCCGUCCCGUAUCGGCCAACUUGUCAGUCAGACAAUCUGUGUACAAACACACACCGCACACGCGUCCUGAAGCAGUGUUGGUAGUAUCAGCAGUAGCAGCAGCAGUGGAAGAAGAAGCAAGAAGCGUGUGAAGUUUUGCAUGAAGCCGCCAGCGCUGUAGUUGUGCGACGACGGCCUAUCGUCAGAACUCGCGUUGCCCACAGAAUCCACGCGUCGGUAUUGGUGCAACGCCUGAGAGGUGCUGCUACUACUCUCGAGACUGUGGUCUCCUCAAACCAAAUCAACCAACCCCCUCGAUAGGCAAAAGCAAAGCAAGGAAAAAACUGUGUACAAAUCGAAGAAAAUCAUGUUUCCGCAAACGAAGUCCAAUCAAAACGAUAUCUAGGUGCGGGUUUUUCGUCCAAACGCAACUGGAAGUGAAACGGGAACCUUCGAGUCCGAAUUCGGGUUGAUUUUUUCGUCGAGUGAAGGUUCUUUGCGGAUCGCACAAGCUGUGUGUACCAGCGGUGCGAGCGGAGGUGAAGAAGGUGCUGACGGCAUUGUGCAAGUCCCGUGUGCAAAUCGGGGGCUCUUAGUGUAGUGCUCUCCUCCAUUUGGUGAAUCGAAUCCGUGGAGGGCCCCGUUUUGCGUUCGAGAGAAAAGAAGUCGGAAGCCCAGAGUUGGUUACAAAUCACGCGUCGGGAGUCGGAAGCAUCGAGAUUGGGAAGAGUUGACAGAGCGGGUCGUUGUGCACAAUCCAGUGAAGAAGACACACGACGGGCCAAAGUUGCGUUCCGCCAUUGGGUUUCAUUCGGGACGGAUUGCCGUUUCAUCCGUAGUUUGUGUUUACACAUAUGUGUAUUGUGAAGAAACCGAAGCAAGAAGAAGGGCAUUAGGCGGCCAGCAAGCAAAUCCAGUGGAAGGCGGCGCAGUGAUUGAAACGCUGACUCGGCGGAAGAGAUUUGCCGGAAGUGGUUUCGCUCGAUGAGGUCGAUGUCUGAAAAGUCGUGAAAAGUGCGAAAGAAGUUUUUCGGAGAAAUACUCGAUUCGAAUUACGCAGGAAGAGAUCCUCGCGCGGUCGCCCCGUUAACCGUACUGUGGUGUGCGUGUGUCCCGUUCUCGUCUUCGUCGUCCGACCCAAGAAGAAGAGCUUCUUUUUUUUUUAAGAGCUACCCAGUGCCGAAUAAUCAAUCAAAUCCGCGCGAGUGAGCAACACCAUCCGUGUCAAUGAAUUCGAGGGCCGAAAAAUCGAAGUAAAAGAGAAGAAGAAGCCAAAUCGGCGAAGAGGUCCAGUGCUCGAGUGCGAAUACGGUGCGUGUGUAUAUCAUCAUCAUCCUCCUGCUGAAAAAGUGGGUGCAAUAGAGUGGUGUGCGUGUCCGUCUCUCCAUUGUUAUCUGAAAUCGAUUGACAACAUCGCGCUUGUCAACUGGAAAAAAUUAGGAAAAUAAAGAAAUAUUUGCCUCCGGUCGGAAUCGCGGAAUCAGUGCUCUCCUAAGAGAAGUUCUCUAGUGCUAAAAAGAAAAGAAGAAAUUUCCGCGUUCCCGUCUGUCUCUGUGUCCAAAGUUCUCGAAGCCGCAAAUGCCACAACCGCAUUCGGAAGCAGAAGCACCUCGCGGCCAAUAAUGCAUCCCAACUGCGGCGGGGUGAUCGAGCCAUGGAAAUAGAUGUAAGGCAGCAGAGCAAGCAGCGCAACAAACGACGGGAACGGGCCCAACGUAUGAUAGCCGAGCGGGAUAAGGAUGCCGCCGCUGCCGCCGCCGAUGGUACUGCAGCCGCUGCCGGAGCGGCUGCCUCGAGUGCCGGGGGUGGUGGUGGAGGUGGCGGAAUCGGCGGCCCCGGAUUCGAUCCGGACGACAGUGCCGACGAGGACGUGCCGAUCAGUCGGGAGAAACCGCCGAGGCCGACGGUGCGCCGGAAGCGGAAGGAGAAGGAUCCCUCGCCGAUCCUGGAGGAGGACAUCGUGGACGGGUUCGCCAUCCUCGCGUUCAAGUCGUACGAGGACCUGGAGUUCGCCGUCAAACUAGGCAACAAGCGCAACGAGAAGCGCCUCUCUACCCUCGUCGAACUAACGACGCUGAUGGUCGACGACAAGCCGCCGAAGAUCAUCGAUACGACGGCGCAGAAGCUCGACCAGCAGAAGGCGGCCGCGGCAGCAGCUGCCGCCGCAGCAGCAGCCGCCCAAGAGUGCUGGAACAAUGCCAACAACAAUGGGAAACCGCUGGAUGGCAGUGGCACUGGUGAUAAUCCGUCUGCCAUUGCAAUGCCGAUGGCGGCCACCUUGAAUGGAGGUCCGGCGGCUGUUGCGGUGACGGCCGCCACCAACGGAAGCUGUAGCAAUAGCAGCAGCAGCAGCAGUCUGAGCAGUGUGGCCAGCAGUGGCUUGACGGUUGGCAGUAGCAAUAGAAGUGUUGGUGGUGGAGGUGGAGGAGGCGGAGGAGGCGGCAGUAGUAGUAGCAGUAGUAGCAGCAGCAGCAGUAGCAGUAGUGGUAUCGGGAGCAGUAUUAUUAGCAGCAAUGGCGGAAGCGGGGUCACCGGCGUUAGCAACGUUAACCAUAUUAAUCAUAACCUAUCGCUGCCGCCGAACGUCGAUCCGAGCACCUCGGACGACAGUGGCCGGGCGUCGGAGCGGUUGACCGCCUCGUCGGUGGCCCAGCGGGAUCCGGACAGUUCGCGGGACCGGCUGAGCGACGCCAGCAGCCGGUGCAGCUCCGGCAAAGGAUAUAUCUGUGAUAGCGAGGGAGACGAUGAUAAGGGUUCUGAUGGAGGGUCCGUCGUGUUUGCAUCGACACCACAGACGCAGGCGGUGCCCCCGGUGGCGGCCGCCCCCAGCCCGGCGGUCCCCCGCAAGUCGGACUUCCCGCCGACGACGGGGCUGCCCCUCAGCAACGGGCCGCUGGCGGGACUGGCCGGCAGUGCCAGCCCGGUCCCGGUGCCCCCGGGGGCAGCCAGCGCAGGACCAGCCCCGCCGGCACCGUCGCCAGCGCCAGCGGCCCUUCCGCCGCCCAGCCUGCCACCGCCUUACCCAACGACACCAAUGCAGGUCUCAAAUGGUCCGAUCGGUACCCACCUAACGCCCAUCGGCGGCCAUCCUGCAGCUGUGGCGUCGCCUCAGUCGCAGCAACCCGGCGUGGCGUCACCCCAGCAGCCGCAGCCUCCUGCGUCACCACAGACGGCGGCCGGACUGAGCAGUAAGCCGCUCCUACCGACGGCAUCCGCCAAGAUUCCGGCAACGUUAAGUACAACGACUGCGACGACGACGGUAACGACGGCAAUAUCGGCGUCCCAGCAACCGGGCAAGCAAGGGUCUCCUCAAUCGCCGCUGCAGCCCAUUGGAUCGGUACCAUCGCCGGCCAUGCAGCAGCAGCCGCACACGCCGCAAUCUCAGCCGCCGCCUUCGCCGCAACAAACGCCAAUGCAGCAGCACAAUAGCAACAGCAACAGUAGUAGUAGUAACAGCGGCCCUGUCAAGCCGUCCUCCGUUCCGAGUUUUAUCGGAGCGGGGUCGUCCUUUGCAGCGGUCACCACGGCGUCCGCUUCUCUACCGAACGGCCUGCCGCCUCCAACCAUACCAGCCAACGGUGGUCAGCCGCCGCACACCAACUCAAGCAGCAACAGUGCAGCGCCAUCUUCACUGCCAGUGAACGUACCCCACACGCCACCGGCGGCUACGCCUGCAAGCGGGCAAAGUCCUGCCAUCCAUCCCUCGGUGGAAAGCUCACUGGCUGCGUCAACGAGCGGCUUGCGGACACACAGCCCUGCCGUGGCAACUAGUGCUGCCCUCUCGGCGGCAGUAACGCCAACAGGUCUACUCAAUGGAUCUCAUGCCACCCAUCCGGGUAUCCCUCAUUCAGCCGCGAUGAUGUUACCGAACGGUCUCGGUAGUAUACCACCCCAUUAUCGAGCGGCUUACCCUGGAUACCCUCUCUACGCCCCCUACGGUAGCUUUAAUCACAAUCCGUAUCUACCGCCCUCGGUGGCGGCUCCAAAUCUAUCACCUCGAAUGCAUCCAGGAGCUCCUCCAGGUCUCGGCGGCUUACCACCGUCGAUGCUCGGUCUCGGCCUAAUGGACUCCCGACUGCAGCACCCCCUUGCGGGUACCAACGGUAGUCCUUCGCAUAUGCGCGAUCGGGACGCCUCGCCGAUGGGUCAACCGCCCUCGAAAAUCGUGCGACCCAUCACCCCGAACGCCAACAGCAACGGCAGCAAUAGUAACUCUUCGUCAGCUCCUUCGGCAGCGGCGGCGGCACCCCCUCAUUCCUCGAGUGGUCCUGUGCCGCCACCCUCCUCCCACAUACCAUCCCCGCACGGUUUAAGUACGGGUGUACCGCAUGGCGCCACCCCUCCAUCAUCACACCCAUCGCUGAGGGAUCAGCCGCCGUCGCAGCUGACGCAUCCCUCGCUCGGCGGCUCAUCACAUCUCUUACCUCCUCAUCAUCCGGCGGCCGCGUCCCAACAGCAGCAGCCGCCGCCCCUCUCGUCGCAUCCUCAGCCACCAGCGCCGCAUUUAGUAGGACCAUCCUCGCAUCAUCCGCUGGUGGGGCCACUUCCGCCGGGAAUGCCGCACGGAAGCGCCCACCAUCUCUCAUCACACCUCCCGCCUACUAGCAGCAGUAGCAGUAGUAAUAGCAAUAGUGCCCAUCUGUCGCAUCCCUCGGUCAUGGCCGGCGGCGGUCCCGGCACGCGAACGCACUCUCCCAGGGGGCAUAGUCCCAACCGUGAAAGAGAUAGUUAUAGUAGUAACGUAAGUAGUUUAUCGCGAUCGACGCCAGGAUCUGCGCUACCGUACGGUAGUGGAGGCAGCAGCGCGAGUAGCGCCAGUACCGGUGGCCCUCCGCCGGGUCCAUCACCAACGCUUCCUUACAGUUCGGCUGGUCCACCUGCACUAUCCUCUCCGGCGGCGAUGUCCGUCUCGUCGGCGGCUUCGUCCGCCGUGUCUUCUAGUCUUACCUACCCUAAACCUUCGCUAGCGUCCGUUACGACCAGCAGUAGUUCCAGUGGCAGCACAAGCUUACCGGCGGGUCCUCCGGGCUGGCCGCCGACUCUACCACCUUCGGCUGCUGCAUCUUCCGUGGGGGCGCCACCGUCACACUCACCGGCGGCCAGCUCCCUUGUAAAUAACAGUUCUUCCUCCCUGUCUCGACCAACUCCUCCCCCGCCUUCUGUCUCGUCCGGUGGACCGACGCCCUCGCAGCCACCGACGUCGCAUUCCUCCGUACCCCCAUCAUCAUUCCCGGCGCCGCUGUUUGCAGCGCCGUUACCUCCGCCGGUCGUUUCCUCGGCCAGCACACCCUCGCAACCGACGGCACCGCACCCAUUCUCGGCCGAAUCGUUAUUCUCCACAAAAGACCAAGACAUGCUGCGGCGCGAGUUGGACAAUCGGUUUCUUGACCGGAGCGGUCUCAGUACGGUUCCGGCACCGCCCUACCUGCGCCAGGAGCUGCAUCACCAUCAACACCAGCACACCCAUCUGCAUCAGCAUCAACACCAGCAUCAGCACCAGCCGAUCCUGCCGUCGGCUGCCUCUGCGUCACCAGCGCUCUUUCCACCGCCUCUCUUCAAGGACGUGCCGAAGAUCGGUGCCGUCGAUUCGCCCUUCUACCGGACGGGGCUCGGAAUGCCCGCCUAUCCGUACGGUCCCGGACUGCUUCAUCCCGGCCUAAGUGGACCAACCCAAUUCGUACCACCGAGCCACUUGCAAUCGUUUGUGCCCAAGCAGCAGGCACCGCCGGUUGAUCCGACCAAAAAGAAAACCGGAAAGUGGAACGCCAUGCACGUGCGGAUAGCGUGGGAGAUCUACCACCACCAGGCGAAGCAGAACCCGGACAAGGCCGCGUCGAUGAAGACGGCCACGGACAUGCUGAGGCCGCCGUCGCACAUGUACCCGCCGUCGGCGGCCGGUCUGGUGCGACCGCACGACCUGCCGUCGUCGGCCUAUCCCCCGACCGGGCUGCCGGGUCGGCCCGGGCCCUACGAAUCGGCACCGCUGCCGCCGAGCUUCAUCGGUUCGGCCGCUAGUCAUUUAGGUGUCUCCCCCUUCGGUCGAUACGCAUCGCCGUACGGCGGGUCGCCCUUCAGUGGGCUGUCGCCGUUCUCGCGGGACAUCCCGAUCGGAUCGCAGAUGGCCGGAUCGUUACACGACCCGUGGAGAAGUGCAAUACCACGUGGAGUGGCUGGGUAUCCUCCGGGGCCACCGCCGGGAGCAGCCGGUGCGUGGCCGCCGACGAUCAAGCCAGACCCUAGCGUGGCAGCCGAAACGGCGCGACGAGAGGCCGAAGAACGCGAACGGCAACGGGAACGUGACGAAAGGGAACGGGAACGGCAGAGGAGAGAACGCGAAGAGCGCGAGAAGCAAAGAGAACGCGAACGAGAGGAGAAGCUACGCAAGGAACAGCAGGAACGAGAGCGUGAGCGAGAACGAGAGCGGGAGAGAGAGCGCGAACGAAAAGAGAAGGAACGACGGGAAAUGGAAAGGCGAGAGAUGGAGCGGGAGCGGAUGUUGGUUCAGCAGCAACGGGAAUCGAAGGCGGCCGCUGCAGCGGCUAGUGCGAACUCCAUGGUGCGAGACAGGUCUCCACUGAGGAACGGAACCGAGCUGGACAUCCGGAUCAAGGAGGAACCGCAAGUCAGCAUGCGAAGCAAGGAGGAAGAGAUGAUGAUGCGAAGUCAAGCGGCGGCAGCAGCAGCUGCUUCCGACCCACGGUACCAUCCCUCGAUGAUGCCGCAUCCGUACAUGACUAGCCGACAUCCGGCGCACAUGCUACCGACUGCCCACCUCUCCCGAUCGAUACUACCGCCCACGAUGGGUAUUCCCUCGCAUUUCCCUCCGCCUGGUCCAUGGGGAGCGGAUCCCUUCCGGGACUAUCGGCUCGAAUCCCUGCACCAGCUUCGCUACAAUCCCAUGGUAGACCUGUACCGAGCGGAAGAAGCCAAAGCCUCGCUUCUGUACGCAGCCCAAUCUGCGCACUACCGUGGCAAAGAACCAAGUCCUGUGCCACCACCCCAGUCGCACCAUCGGAUGCAACCGGGACCGCAAGGACCCGGCGGACCCCCGGGUGGUCCACCCGGUAGUCUGAAACCUCCGUCAUCUCACCCGCUAGGUCCUCCCACCAACGGUCCCAUGCAAGGAGCACCACCAGGAGGCCCCGGCGGACCACCUCCCGGAGCGCCGGGUGGACCCGUGCCGGGAAUGCCCGGUGGCCCCGGACCCCUCCCCGUAUCGGUCGAUAUGCACAAAAAGGAAGACUCCUGCCAAUCGCGAUGAUAGUCAUCAUCAACGGCGUCCGCAUCAUUGAUCGUUAUCGAUGACGACGAUUGAGGGAGUGAGCUGCUGUCCACCAACCGUACACACAACACAGAACAAUAGCAAACCGCGAGAGAACGAAUCAAAAGCAGACCGACGAGAGCAUGUGAUGCACUGACGAGAGGAGAGGACCGAAGCGGAGUCCGAACCGGAGCUUCGAAGGCAGGAACGAAAAGCGAGAGGAAGCAAAAACAACAAAAGGUGAUAUUUUUAAAUUGUAAUUAGGACGUUAAACACACACACACACGUACACAUACAAGCGUUGUUCGAAGUCGACGAAUCGACGCGCGAAUGGUGCAACAAAACAGAACUUUUUUCCGAUCGGAAGAAGCGCGAACAGAGAGAGAUAAAUGGAAAUUAUUAGUGAGAUAUUUAAUAUAUAUACAUAGAGACGCGCUGAAACUAACAAACAAACACACACACACAUACAUAUUUGUAGAAAUUUGUGCAUUUUUUCCAAUUUAAUGGAAAUCGGACGUUGCGCGUUGCAUGUGUGUGGGCAAGCGCGCGCGUGUCACAAGCAGUAGUGGUUUUAUUUCAUCCAUCCUCUUUCGCUCUGAUGUAGUGGGCUUAACCACUAUUACAGCAAAACCAAGAGCGGCGCCGAAGCCGACGACAACCUUCUGUACUAUACUAAUACUUGUAAUAAUUGUAAAUGUUAAGUAGUGAUAUUUGUAUAAACAACAACAAAAUUAGGGCGUGUGAGCGCGCGCGCGCGCGAGAAGGAGACGAUGAAAUUGUGCAACACAAAAGCGCUUUGUAUUGUAUUUAUACCCUAGAUGAUUUGUUUGAAAAACAAUAGGAGGAAACGGUGAGCAGCUAAUGGCGGCAGCUCACGGUCAUGGUUUUUUAAAAAGGAAGGUUUUAUUUUUUCGUUGUUGCAUUGGGUGCGCGCGGGAAUGCGCGGAGGAGGUUCGUUGCAUGGAAUGCGGAAUGGGGAGGAAGCGGUUGGGAAAGGGGAUGUGAUGGGAAAUGGGCACUGCGGGUGUGGGUUCGGACGGUUGGUAAUAAUUUCUGUUCUGAGUUGAUAACGCAAAACUCACAUUUCAAGGAGAAUAUUCAAUUCAUUGUUACAUCAAUACAGCUGCUGUUUGUGAGAAAGAUAGGUUUUUCGUCGUGUCAGGUUAAAAUUAGCAUGGAACGAGCUCACCACCAGGGCAAUACUCAUGAAGAUUAGCUCACCAUAUGAGCAUUCUACAGCGUUUGUAAAAAAGCCAGAUUAUAGAUUGAAACUUGAGAGGUUUCUUUGGAUGUUCAGAGGUUACGGUAGAAUCCUAAAUCUAAGCGGCUGCAUAAGAGGCUUGAACCUAUAGUUUUUUCGAGGAUGAAGCCUUUGAGAAUCUGAAGAUGAUGGAACACUGAAGCGAAUAUGCAGAAGAGCAACACGUAUGAAAACUUCAUGAAACGAGCUCACCAUAUGAACAACAACCAAC